CACAACGACUUUGCGCGCAUCAACUUCCAAUUGAUAUUUCCUUCUAAUAUCGACACUCUUUUCAAUCCAUUCGUUUCAAUCCCCUUCCGCUCCCUCCCACCUCCUCCCCCCCUUCUUCCUCCCCCAUCGCCGCAAACAUGAAAGUCCUCGCCUUCCUCGGCAUCGUCCUAGGACUCCUCUCCUCCCUCUUCUACAUCCUCGACGGACACCUCGAGAAAUUCUACGUCUUCGAGCCCUCGCAUCUGCACGAUUUGUCCCAGCGCGCCAUCGCCGCCCACGGCAACGACACCGCGCAAAUCGUACGCUACAUCGUCGACGAGCUCAACACCAAAGUUCCACACCAUGUGAAUCUCGACGAGGAAUGGGUGUUCAACAACGCAGGCGGCGCAAUGGGCGCUAUGUACAUCAUCCACGCCUCCAUCACCGAGUAUCUCAUCAUCUUCGGAACGGCAGUAGGAACAGAAGGCCACUCCGGCCGCCACACCGCCGACGACUACUUCCACAUCCUUUCGGGAGAGCAAUUGGCCUUCGUGCCGGGGCAAUUCGAGCCGGAGAGGUACCCCCAGGGCUCCGUGCACCACCUGCGCCGCGGCGACGUCAAGCAGUACAAGAUGGAGAGCGCGUGCUUUGCGCUCGAGUACGCGAGGGGCUGGAUCCCGCCGAUGCUGUUCUUUGGGUAUGCUGAUACUUUCUCGAGUACUUUCGACUUCCCGACGUUGUGGAGGACGACGGUUAUCACGGGUCGAGAGAUGAUUUCGCAGCUUCUUAAGGGGAAGUUGUGAUUCAGUGAGUCUUGGAGAGAGAAGGGAAGAAAAAAGCGUCGUUAGGUGUCAAAAAACAGGUCACUUCCAAUGGUUCCCAAUCCGAGGGAGUGCAAAAGUCGGGAUAGAAUGCUUUCAAAAGACAUCCAUCUGACACCCAUAGACCCAUAGAUACAUGCACACGUACACACGUACAUAUAUACAUAAUACACAAUCCCACAAAUCACCCCC